AUGCAAGUGCCGGUUCUUGGCUGCACUUUCCUCACGCUGUCAGAUCGUGAGGAAAGUACUGCCGAGAACCGGCAGUUGUCAGAGCGGGGAUCGGCACCGAUCAUCAGGGCACUGAUGAUCAGUGCCCUGAUGAUCGGUGCCCAGCAGUGCCACCCGCAAGUUCCGCCCACCUGUGCCUAGCACUCCGCCCACCUGUGCCCAGCAGAUCACCCACCUGUGCCCAGCAGUGCACCCACCUGUGCCACUCUGCAGUGUCACACACCUGUGCCCAGAAGUGCCACCUACCUGUGCCCAGCAGUGCCACCCACCUGUGCCCCCACCAGUGCCACCCACCUGUGCCCAC